AUGGAGAAAAGGAGACCAACAAGUGAUCCCGACGCCGGUGGCGAUUCCCAUCACCUGGAACAUCAGGGAGCGCCUGCGCGAAACACAACACCACCACCAUAUUCAGGCCCCUCCACCUCGUUGAUCGCCUCAGCCUCAUCCCCCCCCGAGGCCGAGACAGCUCCGAAAGGCCCAACACGAUACCCUGGAUUGCCGCGUCUCGAUUAUCAUCUUUACUCGCCUCCUCUCUUCAAGCUCUCCAAUGACUUCAAGACGCUCUCAUCUCGUGCCGAAUAUCUGUCGUCCAAGCCGACCGCCUUGGUCUCACUCAUCCGCGCUCAAGCCUCGGUGCCACCCAAGCCCCAGAUCCAUGUCCGAGGCAGCCGGGGUCGCAAAGUUGACUUCGACAUCAAGCUGAACCUGAUGAGCCUACUAGUCCCAGAUGAUGAGAAGCAACGCAUCGACUACAUCCGAUGCGUGGGUGAUGGAGAGCUGGCUUACCGCGGAGGCGGGAAACCAGAUGUGCUUCCCGAGGUUGGCGAUGGCGGGCUAGAAGAAUGGUGUCGCCGCUUCGUGGAAGACACGGCUUCUGUCAAAAUGUUUGCGCUUGAUCGCGUCGUGGCCAAUCUUGACACGUCUUGGAUCGAGGGUCAGCUUCGAAGCCUAGUUGCAGCGCUCAACUACCGCGGAGUGGUAGAUGUGACGUUCGUCGUCACCCAUAGCCGCGUCAUGGUGCAGAACCCGGACAAAGUGAACCCAUUCUUCACCAGCGUGACCAGCCUAUUUUCGGGCAAAAACAAGUAUGAAGUGGUCAAAGCGGUCUGGCCCUUUGCUACCACCAAAAACGGCGAGCCAGGUCGACGAUGUGUUGUUCAGAGCGAGGAAAUCUGGUGGAGAGAAUGGAAAGACCCCAUCAAAUAUGCCAUCUCCCAGAAGCGCCAUGGCUGGGUCACUGUUGAAGAUAAACUGGAAGCGGUCAUGGAGGGUAAGGGACACGAGACGGGGACAAUCGACUGGGGGCCUGACAACAUGGCAUCAUGA